UGCACGCCAUCCAAUGGUACAACGACUGUAUCACGUACCCCGCGCGCGGCACAGGAUGUGUGUCGGGUCAGCGUCGCACAACACAUCCCACUUUUACUGCAAUCUCACCACAUUUUGAGCUUGUGAUCUAACAUUGUCACUUACUCUGGGUCUCAACUGUAAUUCGGACCGAUCAUUAACACCAUACCAGGUUGCUCACCAUGCCACGAAGAGUUGAAACCAAGGUCGUCGAUACCGCAGAGUCCGUCGCCAGCCUGGUAGACUGGCUAGUGAGAAUUCACAAUGAUCGGGAAGAUGAUGACUUCUCUAGCCUUCUCUACCAGCCAGCCAUUUACAUCUAUCUCGAAGGCGUGAACUUGUCUCGCCACGGCUCAAUUUCCAUCUUCACCUUGAUGGUCGAUAUUGGUAUGCCCGUGCAGAGUGUCUACCUUAUCGACAUCCACGUCCUGGUCGCUCAGGCGUUUACGACCCCAGGAACCGAAUCGAGAACUACACUCAAGGACAUCUUAGAGGACAAAGAUAUAAUCAAGGUCUUCUUCGAUGUUCGCAACGACUCCGACGCACUAUUCGCGCACUACGGUAUCGCCCUGCAGGGUAUAGACGACAUACAGCUCAUGGAAAGCGCAACAAGAGAAACUACGACAUCUAGGAAACACCUCAGCGGAUUGUCCAAGUGCGUCGAGAAAAACAUGAUCAUGUGGUUUGGCGUGGGGCAGGAUCUCAAAGAAUGGAAGGAAGCGAAGGAACAGGGCGAACGGCUGUUCAAUCCUCAACAAGGCGGGACCUACGAAGUCUUUAACGAACGUCCGAUCCCAGACGCUAUCAUCAAAUACUGCGCUGGUGAUGUCCGAUGUCUGCGGGAGAUCCACUACAAUCUCGGCUCCCAUCGCGCAUACGUGUGGCGCGACCUUUACCGCGACGCGACAAAAGCGCGGGUCGCGUCCACGCACGCACCGGACUAUCAGCCUCACGGCCAGCACAAGGCAUUGGCGCCAUGGACGGAUGAGCAGAACAACAUUUUGAACAGUAUGAAUUACAAGCCACCAGCUCGUGACUACUUCGAUGACUUUGACGAUUACGAUCCCGACGAAGAAGAUUACUGGGACGGUAGGGAUGAUAAUGACUACGAGGACUGGACGAGAGCACCGUGGCAGGGUCCGCCUUCUUGAGACACUGCGGUGGUGGGUAGCGCAUUACCUCGAGGUUUAGUUGCC